AUGUCGCGUGCGUCUUUCAACGAGUUGCUGAUAGAGGAAGUGGCAAAGCGCCCGCUUUUGUGGGACUUCUCACUCGGAACAGCCAGGAGCCACAGCAAUAUGCACGAGGAAGUGGAGGUGCAUGAACUAUUCGAGGUUGGCACACCAGCCAGUGACUUCCAGCCAGAAGAACCAGAAGGCGACCGCGGGCCAGACGGCGAUGACCAGCCAGAAAACAAGCAAUGGAAAAAGACCUCGGACGACGGGCAUUCCACACAACCUUUGUUCGAGGAUAUUUACAACUUUCCAGAAUGCCCUCCCGAGACGCCUGGACCCUCUGGCACUCCAGCCCCCCGGCCACAGAGGCAAGGUAUUAAAAGGAAAAGAGGAACCACAGAGCUGGAGGUAGGUGAUGCCCAGCUUGCAGCUGUGAAGACCGCUUUAGCAGCAUUUAAGCCAUUAACAUCUACAGGGUACUUUCUACUGUCACUGGAGGAAGCAAUGAAUGAAACCCCGAAACAUAUGCAGUCCUACCUACGACAAGAACUGCUGAAUGUAGUUUCAUCUUAUAGUCGUGGGGUGUACGCUGACCUGAUUGUGAUGAUGAUGAUGAUGAUAUGUGGUGUUUAA